UUAUUACAACUCUUUAUUAUUAUUAGUUCACUAGUUUUCCUCCACUUUGCCUCUGCUUCGAGCAGUGGCAAUUUCAGGGCAAGACUACACAAACAUGCUGGAAAGGACAGCGGAGAGAGAGAACCUCUGCUCUGGGUCAUCCCUACAGUAAUACUAAAAGCAUGGUACCUCCAGGGCUGUUUGGAUUCUGCUCUGCCUAUGGCCAAAUAGCUGCUUCUUACGCAGAACCACCAAACUCUUUUGUCAUGGAGGCUAAUUUCCUGAUCACAAGUGUACUAUAUGAAAACUGCUUUAGAGACAGUGCCUUGCUGGAAACCACUUAGUUCACAUGUUUCUUCCUGCUUCCCUGUUCCUCAUCUUGUGAUGUGAGAAAUGAAAUGGAGCUUCUAAACCCAGCUGCUGGCGCUGGGUUAGUUCAGUGAGACCAACCUGUAAGUGGGUACAACGCAUUGCUGGGUGUUUCCACCAACUGUCCCAUGGUUACUAGGUGUCAAGAAGCUUAAUUUCAGAACAAAAGUUCAAGGAGGAGCAAUGACCUAUCUGAUAAGCAAGCUGAGCUGAUGGAGUUCGGGAGCUGAUGCAUAUUUUGGCUUCCGAAUGCAGGACCAGCUUUUUGAGAGCUGGAGACCUUCUGGUGGCUGUCAGAUGGACACGCUGUGGCCCAGCCUCAUCGCCCGGUUCCCGCCCCCUUGGCUCCAGGUCUACUACCGCCUGAGGGCCAAAAGGGCCGGUAACUGUGGUCUGGCCGCAGGCGCCGGCCUCCGUGUCAGCACCCUAUCCCGCGGCAACUGCCUUGGAGCCCCGCUGCAGACCGUGCGCCGCCAGGACCCGCUGCCGCCGCACCGGAGCCCUGGAACGGUUUUCCCGACGGAGAAGUGGAUGUGUAUGAGGACGUCCCCACAGCGCAUCGCAGGAUCCUGCUUUGAUGUGCCUCUUUGGAAGGGAAGGCAAUGGGAACUGCAGCAUGGAAGGAAUUUCAUGCCAGGAACACCGAAGCGGGCUGUGCAGACCGAGGAAGCUGUCAAGAGGACUGAGCAGAAGAGGCAGGAGUCCCCAAGCCCACCACCAUCACCGGGAAACGGAAGGCCACGCAAGAGGAGCAUCUGCCUGCUGGUGCCUUGGAAUAAUGAACCCCUGGUGCUGCCCCCUGCGCCUGACCCGGGUUACCCCAUCACGCCGGAGAUCAUCGAGGAGGAGAGGAAGGCAGCACAAGAGCGCUUGCGUCGGCUCUUGGGGCAUAAGUCUGCAGAUGUGGUCCCCAGCACCAGUGGGGAAGAUGUGUCCCUGGGCACAGCCAUCGCCCAGGGCUCCUCUGGCACCAGCCAUACAGAGGCAGCGUUUUCGACCAUGCCAUCACCCCACAUUUCUGGGCUGGCUGCUUCCACCACCAACGGCCAUAUGCACAUCAGCCAGCCCAGAAGCAGGAGCCCGCCCGUGUUAGGAGGUUCGUCCACCCGCACCUCGUCCACCCCGGCAGGAACUACGACCCAGGGAAGUCGCAAGCGGCAAAAGGAGGAGGACCGCUCCGACGCCAAGUGGCCGUUUGGACCUCCAGCAGCAAAACGUCAGCAGCUGUGACAUCUAUUGAAGAUUUUAGUGUUCUAUGUUUGUACUUAAGUUGUUCUAAUAUUCUUGUUCUACUGUUGUUCUUUUGUUGUUACAAUGUAGUUCUUUUGUUGUUACAAUGUAGUUCUUUUGUUGUGACAAUGUAGUUCUUUUGUUGUUAUAAUAUAGUUCUACUAUUGUUUUUACAAACAUUUUAAUGUGUUUUAGUAUUUUUUAACUGCCAAUAUCCAAUUCCCACCCCCCCCACCGCAUCCCCCCAUCCCCUCUUUAUAUGUCCCCGCUUAAAAUAAAGAGUCUGUGUUCA